GGUAAGAGUCACCAAGGAAGUCCCAAUCAGUCUUUGUUCAACUCUAUCCCCUCUUUCUCUACUCCUGCGACUACUCUCAAGUCUCUGCUCGCUCUUCUCUCAGACCCCUUAUUUCCAUUAUUAGCCCUCGAGACCGUUACGUUUUCUGUUUCUUUCUUCGUCUUCAAAGUCUGCUACUCUCUGUACUGCCAUGGACGGCGGAGCACAGUACAACCCUCGUACCGUUGAAGAGGUUUUCAGAGACUUCAGGGGCCGCCGUGCUGGCAUCGUCAAAGCCUUGACUACUGAUGUUGAAGAAUUUUAUCGGCAGUGCAAUCCUGAUAAGGAAAACCUUUGCCUGUACGGAGUCCCAACUGAGCAAUGGGAAGUUAAUUUACCUGCCGAAGAAGUCCCUCCGGAGCUCCCGGAGCCUGCUUUAGGUAUUAACUUUGCUAGAGAUGGGAUGCAAGAAAACGAUUGGUUGUCUCUGGUUGCUGUUCACAGUGAUGCUUGGUUACUUGCUGUCGCCUUCUACUUUGGUGCUAGGUUUGGUUUCGAUAAAGCUGAUAGGAAAAAACUCUUCAACAUGAUAAAUGAGGUCCCUUCGAUAUUUGAGGUUGUGACUGGUAAUGUGAAGAAACAGUUGAAGGAGAAAUCGUCAGUUUCAAAUCACAGCAGCAUCAAAUCAAAGUCGAGCGCUAGAGGGCGAGGAUCUGAACCUGGCAAGUAUGCAAAGAUGCAGCUGAAGGAUGAUGACGAGGGAUUGGAUGAAGAAGAAGAUGAGGAGCAUGGGGAGACACUGUGUGGUGCUUGUGGGGAGAACUAUGCUUCAGAUGAGUUUUGGAUUUGUUGCGACAUUUGUGAGAAGUGGUUUCAUGGUAAAUGUGUGAAGAUUACUCCUGCAAGGGCGGAGCACAUUAAGCAAUACAAAUGCCCCUCUUGCAGCAACAAGAGAGCAAGACCUUGACAUAUGAGGGAAGAAAUGCAAUCCUCAGUUCCUCACCUCUUUGUAAUUCUUCGGUGGGUGAGUCCGCUAACUUGUUUAUCAGUCAGGUAGGUUUUCCAAAUUUUGCCAUGUUGGCAGAGCAUGUGUAUUGAUACUUCGUUAUUCAGCUGACUUGAUAUUUGGGAGAAAAAAAAUGUUGGUUGUUUGACA